CCUUGCCAUGAACUCCCAAAGCUGGGCCCAGGACGUAUUACGGUGUCAUCUCUGUGAAACCCCGGGCCCCCCUAUGCACUGUGACAUUUGUCACAAGCAUCUUUGUAGAGCCUGUGUGGGGGAACAUAUCUCCGAUCUAUCCAAAGAACACAGUGUGGUGCCAUUUGGAAAUAGGGGGUCUUACGGAAAGUGCCAUAAACAUUCCACUAAACAAUAUGAACUUCAUUGUGAACAAUGUGACAUUCCUAUUUGCAUACAGUGUGUUUCUUCUGAAGAGCAUCGAGGACAUGUAUUUGUGGAUAUAAAGAAAAAUCUUGAAAGCCGAAAACAAGUCCUAGCAAAAGAUCUAAAAGAAUUGGAAAGAGGUAUCUAUCCUAAAUAUCAAGAGAUUGUAUCAAACAUCCCACUUCAGAUAGCCGAUAUGCAGAAAAACUCCCAAGACAUAAAAGCAGCACUCAGCAAACAUACAGAGGCCUUGCAUAAAGAAAUAGACGCCAUUUUUAAGAAACGUAAAUCGGAUCUUGAUGAAAUGGACACAAAACAUCAUGCUAUGUUAACUAAACAUAAAAAUGAAAUCACACAUAGCCUUUCUGAAAUCAAACAGAGCAUUGCCGAUCUGAAAAAGUUACUGAACUCCAAUGACGUCAAUCUUAUCUCUGCCUACAAAUCAAGAAAUGCUGAAUUCAGAAGAUUGCCUCCUAAACUCACAAUUCUCUUACCAAGUUUUACGCCUCAGGAUAUCAACAGAAAACAGCUUAAUCAACAGUUUAGUCCUUUGUCGGGGUUAUCCAUCAUAUCAGAAGAGCAAGGCGACACAUCGGAUUCUCCUGGUGCUGAAUCUUCUCCUCCGGACAGACCGCUAGUUGAUGAACCACGGAUCAUUGCUGAUAUAAAGACCAAAUUGGGGUUUUUCUUUCCCUUAUCUUCUGUGUCCUGUCUUGGUGAUGAAAAUAUAUGGACCUGUGGCGCGGACAAAAUCAUGAGUCUUCACAACAUACAGGGGGAACUACUGAAGUCAGUCCAAACAAAGUCAGGAAAUUAUCCACAGGACAUAGCAGUGACAAGGAGUGGGGAUCUAGUUUACACUGAUAAGAAGGAGAGAACUGUUAACAUAGUGAAAGAUACAAACAUUGAGGUUGUAAUCAAAAUACAAGGGUGGAAACCUUCAUUUGUCUGCAGUACCGUCUCUGGUGACCUUUUGGUUGUUAUUGACAGUGAUGAUGGUAAACAAGCAAAAGUUGUGCGUUACUCCGGCGCAAUAGAAAAACAAAGUAUACAGUAUGAUGACAAAGAACAACCUCUCUUUUCAUCUGGUGACAUCAAAUACAUAAGUGAGAACAGGAACCUAGAUAUCUGUGUGUCCGAUAAUAAAGCCUGUGCAGUAGUGGUUGUCAAUCAGGGCGGGGCACUCCGAUUUACCUUCAAUGGUCCUCCCUUCAGGGGAUCAAUUAAACCAUAUGGCAUCACUACCGACAGCCAGUGUCGGAUCCUGAUAUCAGACUGGAGCUUUUUCUUCCGAGGAAUCCACAUCCUGGAUCAGGACGGACAGUUCCUCCGCUGCAUUGACAACUGGUACAUAACCGGUCCAUGGGGCUUAUGUGUAGACACAAGUGACAACCUCGCCGUAGCUCUUUAUGGUAUCGGUAAAGUAAGAAAAAUUCAAUACCACAUGUAA